AUGACAAUGUCUGUUGAAAGUGUCGACAUUUCAGCAAUCGACAUUAAUGUUAAUGAAAAUGUGGACAGUUAUGAGUGGAUUCCACAACUUAAAAAAAUUUUGGAAAUGUUUAAUAAAUUAACUGAUAAAAGCUGCAGUUGGGCCAAUGAUUUUUUUGCGCUUAUGAAAUCCGAAGGAACUCGAUUAAGAACAUUCUCUGAUCAAAUUCUACCAACAUGGGCAUGUGUGGAUGUGUCGCCCGAAAGUCUCGCUAAUGCGGGGUUUUUUCGUCUAACUGAAAGUAAAGUCCAAUGUGCCUUCUGUAGAGGCAUUAUUGAUAAUUGGGAGCCGGGCUCUCGGACACCACUGUAUGUGCACGCAUUAGUAUUUUACAUGUGUCCGUUUAUUAUGGAAAUGGAUGUUGGAAAUGUGCCUCUCGGCUUGGACCCUAUUCGUAAUCAACCUUCUAUUCCUUGUUGUGGUGGCUGUCAAAUAGUUAAUAGUAUCAACGAAAAUUACAAAACGUAUGAACAACGAUUAGCAUCAUUUGCUUCACACGAGCAUUUAUUUUCACCAAAUGUUAGACAAUUCGCUGAAGCCGGAUUGUAUUAUAAAGGGCCUGGAGAUCGAGUGAAAUGUUUUCGUUGUACAGGAACGAUGAGUCGUUUUGCUAAAAAUGACGAUCCAUGGGCACAUCAUGCAGGCGCUUUCCCGUCUUGUAAAUUUGUACGAGAAAUAAAAAGUUCAGAAUUUAUCAACGAAUCAAUUAUUAUCGUCGAGGAAUUAAAAGCAAAGUGGUUUGCUAUUUCAACUUGGAUGCGGUCUAAUUUUGCGCUCGAAUUGAUUGAUUUAAAACUUCAAUCGAAGGAUAGAGUUCUUGAAGUGAUGAGUGACCGAUGGGAUCAACAACGGCUGCCGUUUACUUCAGCUUGUGAUGCUAAAUUUGGUAUAUUGGAGUUAACAAGUGAGAAUUCAUUAUUAUGUAAAAUAUGUUUUGAAAAUGAGUUGUGUGUAGUGCUACUUCCUUGUUGUCAUACGGCUACUUGUGUCACUUGUGCUCAAAAGCUUGACAACUGCCCAAUAUGUCGUCACACUGUGCAAACAACUCUUCAUACGUUUUAUUCGUGA